CCGAACGAUAGGUACGUAUCGCCUUACUUCCUAUCACUUUCAACAAAUGCGGAGCCAAUGUAAGUACAUAACACCUUUCUUGAGUGUGUAUUUCUUUUUAAUCCCUAAUAAGAUGGUUUAAAAAUGUUGUAAUAUUUUAGUCAUUUUUACAACUACAUAAUUCAUUUAGUAGAAUGAAAUCAUAUUCAUGUUAAUUUCAAAAUCUCGAUAUUAAGUACUUUCCCAUAACAGAAAUAAAACGGCAGCACAAUGAUACGUGAACUGACACCAGAAUUGGCGGAAAUUGCCAAAAAGGAAUUAAACGAGAAUCCAAAGCAAAUAGCCAAUGAUUUACAACAUUUGAAGGAUUGGAUUGCUAAACAGCCACACCUGAAAGCUAGAACAGAGGAUCAAUGGCUCAUAGCGUUUUUAAGAGGGUGCAAAUUCAGUCUAGAACGAGUUAAGAAGAAGCUAGAUUUGUACUACACUCUUAGAACUACAGCACCUGAAAUUACACUGAGAAUCAAACCUACAGACCCAAAGUUUUUGGAAUUCUUUAGACUUGGAACAUGUUUAAUCUUACCAAAUCCGAAAGACAAGCUGUGUCCUCGAGUGCUGCUCAUCCGAUGUGGCAGAUACGAUCCAUCAGAACAUAAUGUAGGCGAAGUCAUGUGCAUGCUGUAUUAUUUAGUUCAGAUUAUGGUACUAGAAGACGACAUUGCCUGUGUACUUGGUAUUAAGAUCGUCACAGACUACGUGGGGGUCACAAUGUCUCACUUCGUUCAAGGCACGCCAUCGAUGCUGAAGAAAAUGGUUGCUGUUAGUCAAGAUAGCAUGCCACUUCGACUGAAAGGCAGCCACCAUAUAAACCUGCCUUCUGGCGUUGAGAAGGUCAUCACAGUUAUUCAAGGAUUUUUAAAUGAAAAGGCUAGGCAAAGGUUGAGAAUCCAUAAAAACCAAGAAGAACUGAUGGAAGACAUUCCAAAAGAAGUAGUACCCCCAGAAUAUGGUGGAACUGGUCCAUCGAUUCCAGAACUUACAGAAUAUUGGGUGGGCAAGUUCAAACAAUACCAGGACUGGAUGAAAGUGGAGGAGCAAUUGGGAACAGAUGAGUCGAAACGUCUUGGUCCACCAGUUGCCAACGAUUUUAUGGAAGAAGGAUCCUUUAGAAAACUUGAUAUAGACUGAUAUGCGCGUUCCUUAUUUAAAAUAAAUUGCACAUAAAUAAAAC